AUGCAAACACCAGUUGGUGGAGAUGCUAAAAAAGAGUCUAAGAAAGAAAAGUUCUUGGCAAAAGAGAAAGUUGUUGAACCAGUGAAGGUUGAUGGCAAUGGAAAUGGCUCUAAGGGGAAAGGCAAGGGCUGUUUCAAGUGUGUCAAAGAAAAUCGUCGAAUUGGAGAAUGUCCAUUGUGGGCGAAGAAUGGGGCUGCUACUGCAAAUACUCUCCAAGUGGAAGAAAUGAAGAAGCAAUCAUUUCAAGAUGGGGCAUUAUGCGGGUUGUUGAAUGAAGUCCAUGAAGACUUGGGGGCUGUUUCGUUUAGGGGAAUCGAUGCAGCCGGGGGGUUCGUCUUCUUGAGUACGAGAUGA